AUGGCACUCAAAUUAAAGUUCGCGAGGAUCCCUGGUUACCUAGUGGUGUUAUUGGAGGUCCUGCUCCUAGGGAUGAACCUAAAAUCUGACUUACCGGAUUUGGCUAUGGUUGCGAACAUCCUCUGGUACAUCUGGAAAGCUCGAAAUAAUUUCCUCUUCCGUCAAACGCAGCUAGAUGUCGAACAAGUUGUGCAGCUAGCAAUUGCGGAGACCCAUUCCAGACGUAUUUUAGCUUCUGCCAAUUCGUGCCCUGUUUUAAACCAGCGUAUUCUCAACCACAGAUGGCGCCCACCAGAUCCUGGAGUCAUAAAAAUCAACAUUGAUGCAUCUUACCUUUCGCUGUCCGACCAAGCUUCAGUGGCUGGCGUGUGCAGGGACUCAACGGGCCAUUUAAUCGAUGGAUUCGCCUCCUCUGUUCAUGUUUCCUCUGCCCUACAAGCCGAGGCUAUUGCCUUCAAUUCCGCGCUCAAAUUUCUUCUCCAGCGGGGUCUCGAGAUGGAGCGGAUCAUUAUGGAAUCAGACAGUUUGGUAUGUGUGGAUGCGCUUUGUGAUCCUGAACGACGCCCGUGGGAGCUGCGACCUAUCCUCGACGAAACCCUAAGAUUGAAGCUUCGGUGCCCUAAUCUCCAUCUGCUCUACUGUCAUAGAGAAGCCAAUGCUUUAGCGGACUCUGUAGUAAAGGCCCAUCGGGCCUCCUUACUUCCUCCGAACUGGGUCUUUCGGAUACCAUCUUUCUUGCAAGAUAUUGUACUAUCCGAUCUUGCUGUAACCUCUGUGAUGCGUGAUUAA